AUGUGGCAGCGAACCAAACGGGCCCCCCGGGCCUGUUAUUGGUGUCGCCAUCGGAAGGUCCGAUGCGAUGCAUCUAUUCAUGGCUGCCCUUGUACGAGAUGUCGUCAAGAUGGUCGACGUGAUUGCACACUCGGAUCCAGGGCCGGCAGGCACUCUGCAAAGUCGGGAAAUACAGAUCAAGAUAUUCCUCAAAGGAACGCAUCGAGUAAUGACACACCAAAGCAAGUCACGCACCGAGAAGAACAAAUCGAUGGAUUCUCUGGCGGUCCAACCGGGCCUGGCAUACCAACGUCUGUCGAUCUCACCACUCCGGGCAACGUGUCAUUCUUCUUUUGCCCUUUUCUCACGCUCAAUGGUCUGGCCAUCCUGCCUGAGGAAGAUGUGACCUACUUGUCUUCAAAAGGGUCUUUGAGUGUUCCGGAUUGGUCAACGAUCAAUGAAUUCGCGCGGCAGUAUUUUCUCCAGAUUCAACCUUGUCUUCCCGUCCUGGACGAAGCAGAGUUUUGGCGUCUCUCGGUCGACUCUGCUUCACAUACAAUAUCAUUAUUCGUUUUGCAAGCUCUACUCUUUUCCAGCUGUCCUUAUGUCUCUUUGGAAACGCUCCAGAAAUGCGGGUUCAACGAUAGGCGAAAGGCCAGAACAACAUUCUACAAUCGUGCGAAGACACUAUUCGACCUCCAAGCAGAAAAUGACGCCUUCGCUAAAGCACAAGGUUCCGUCCUUCUUGCCCACCACACUUCGGCUCACGAUCCUCAAGCUAGCAGUAUAUGGUUGAUGCGUGCCAUCCAAAAUGCUAUGAUCGUAGGGUGUGGACCAGGCCCAGGUGACAGAGAGAUCAACUUGUCCAUGAUGCGACGGUUGUGGUGGUCUAUGGUGCUGCGCGAUCGGGUGCUAUCGAUUGGCCUCCGUCGUCGUCCUCAAAUUACAUCGGUGGAAUUUAACAUGGGGGCAAACUGGCUCAAAGAGGAGGACUUUGCGGACGAAAUCGUAAAUUCUCGAGUAUACGAUCCGCAAGUCAAGAUACAGCUUUUCCAAGUACUGCAGGAACAAUGCAAACUAGCAGUUCUUCUCACUGAUAUGGUUGCCUUGGUCUUCUCGUCGCAGGGAGUAUCCUCCCCAUCACUGUCUUUGGCCGAAUUUCAGGCUGUUCUCGCUGCCAUCCGGCGAAUCAAGCGGUAUCUCACGAAAUGGGAGGCCGUUUCGAUCGUACCCCCGCCUACCAGCCAUGAGACCGUUUGCUUCUUUACUCAUCUGACAUGGAUGUACUACUAUGCCGCCCGCGUCGAUCUGGCCCAGUACGAGGCGCUCAUUAUCGAGAAGCAUCUGAACUUUACCGGAACUAAUUAUAGGGCCCAAUUACUGGAAACUGGCGCAGACCUCCGCAAUGCCAUGAAUGGCUUAACAAGUGCUAUAGAAUUUUUCUGUAGUCAAGGCCGCGCAGAACGAAUACCUCUCAGCGUUCUGGCCUAUACCGCCGUUCCCCUCGUUCUCACCGCCAUCGAUGUCAAGCUGUCUCCCUCGCCGGCAGAAAUGGCGAUCCGCAAGCGUCGUCUAGAGCGUCUAGGAGAGAUUGUUCGACAUUCAAGGAUGCUUUAUGAUGUAGCCGACUAUGUGGCUGUCGGGACCAAUCAUAUUCUCCAGUUAGCAUAUAUCACCACACAAGAGGCGUUUCUACAAUGCAGAGCCAACACCAUCGGCUCCCCGCAGAUGCAGAUAGAACCAUCGUCUACCACCAUGUCACUCGAUGCCUCCAUGCUUAAUGCGAACAGAGUGACGAACUGGUAUGACGCCUUCCUCAGCAGCCCUCGCGCGUAUUUGAGAAUAUCUGUAUCGCUCGACUAUAGCCUUGCAACUGGCCGUCUCCCAUAUGAUAAUGCUCUACCACUUCUUGUUCGUCAAACACCAUGGGCUAAGAAACAACAAAAGUUGCCGUGGACCAUAAAUCAUAUUCCAGAAGAGCAAGCUGUGAAUAUUUCCGAAGGUGACGAUUCCCAGAGCCCAGGCGAUGAUCGCUUUCGGUUUAUCGAAGCAAUUGGGGAUUCAAUAAGGGAAGGCACCUAUGGCGUGGAAGACAUCUCCAGUCCAGAAGAGGAUAGUGCUGGAGAGGCUGCGAUUAACCUGAAUUUCUUUGAAUUUGGGAGUUCGCAGUUGGACAGUAUAUUAGAUAUGGAGACGGAGCAUUCACUAAGUGCGGAUGGGCCCCGGCGUCUAGAGAUGGAAACUUCUCCCUCUGGAAAACAUAUGAGUGAUGAUGUUGGUUUUGGUCAGGGUGGAUUUCAGUCUAUAUACACUUCCUUGCUGCGGGACUCUGUUGCUUGA